UGUAGACUGCUGUCUUCAUUUCCUUCCGUCUCACGUUUCCUUCGGGCUCGCGCGUUCUCAAGGAAUGGACAUUCACUCAUUCAGAUGUCUCUUCUGUGCGCUGUCCCUGGCAGCUCUGGAGGGGUUCUCCUGCAGUCUCACUGUCCACGAUAACUUUUUGAAGCCCCUGGACAGUCUGAUUAUAUCAAGAGAGGUUGGUGAGGCCCAUUCUAAGUUUUCUCUAAGGAAACCCACGUUGCCUGAUGAUGACAUCUGUUACAUUGUAACAGGCAAACCCGAAACCUUGCACUACUGCAAUUUCAACAGUACUGCCAAAACGUUUCUGGUGAUACAUGGAUGGACGGUCAGUGGUUUGUUUGAGAGCUGGGUGGCCAAACUGGUAGCUGCGCUGUAUGACCGAGAGAAAGAUGCCAAUGUGGUAGUGGUGGACUGGCUGGACAAAGCACAUGAUCACUAUGGUGUGGCAGCCCAUAAUACUCAAGAGGUGGGGCAAGAGGUUGGUCUCUUCAUCGAUUGGAUAGAGGAGGCGACCAAUAUACCACUGGAGAAGAUUCAUCUAAUUGGCUACAGCCUUGGUGCCCAUGUUGCUGGAAUCGCAGGCAGCCAUGCCAGCAACAAAGUUGGAAGAAUUACAGGUCUUGAUCCAGCAGGACCAGAUUUUGAAGGAGUCCAUGCUCAUCGUCGGCUCUCUCCUGAUGAUGCCCAUUUUGUGGACGUUCUUCACACCUUCUCAGGAGGAACCCUGGGCCUUAGCAUUGGUAUUGAACAGCCACUUGGCCAUGUGGACAUCUACCCCAAUGGAGGAAGCUUCCAGCCUGGCUGCAACCUGCGAGGAGCCCUUGAGAACAUGGCAUAUUAUGGGUUGCUUGCAAUGAGUGAUGCCAUCAAGUGUGAACAUGAACGAUCAAUCCACCUGUUUAUUGACUCCCUCCUAAAUGGAGCAGAGGCCAGUAAAGCCUACAGCUGUGGAAGCAGCACCAUGUUCGAACGUGGGGUGUGUCUCAGGUGCCCGAAGAACCAUUGUAAUAAUGUGGGCUAUGAUGCCAAGAGGGUUCACAAAGCCCGCAGCGUGAAAAUGUUCACCAAAACCCGUGCUUCAAUGCCUUUUAAAGUGCAUCAUUAUCAGCUGAAGAUUCACUUCACUUCACAGAUGAAUCAUCCUGAGGCGAACCCAAUAAUAACCGCUUCCCUUUACGGCAGCAACGGUGAUGCAAAAGAUCUCUAUCUCAACGUAAACAGAAAAAUCAGCACCGACACCACCCAUUCCUUCCUCUUGGUAACGGAGGUGAAUAUCGGUGAAUUACUUCUGCUGAAAUUAAAGCUGGAGCGCUCUUCCUCACUGCUCGACAUGACGUGGCCCUGGUGGAACAGUGACACCCCUGAACUUCAAGUCCAGAAAAUUAGCAUUUGGAUUGGGGAGACGCAAAAAAGGAUGGUAUUUUGUUCAAAGGAUCUCCACAAAACAAAUCUACAUCAUGAGGUGAUUUUUGUGAAAUGCAAAAAUAAUGGGAGAAGAUCAUUUAUAAGGCAGAAAUAUAGAGGCCAAUGAGAAGAUAAAAUGUCACCCACAGAGAUGAAGCACUGUUAAUGAGAAUGAUUAUUUAUUGUGAUCCUAUUUAUUUCUCUGAAUUUGUAUUUGGCCUUAAUGUUGUGUGCAUAUUUUAUAUGCUUGUAUUGUAAUACUGUAAUAUUUUGUUUUGUUUUUUGUGGGUUUGGGGGGGAGUGGGGGGGGUUACAAGCACUUACAUUUUAACUCAUGGCUGUCUGAUGCAUUCAUAUACAUUUUUGUGCUGGAGAUUUCAGAAGGUCCAAAGACUUGUCUUUUGCAUAUUCAACCACUGUGAUCCUGAACAUAGCACUCAGAGAAACUUAAUCUCAUCCUGAAAUUUGCCAGAGUUGAUAAACCAAAUAUAUCAGAGCAUUGAACUAAACAGUGAGUCAGUCAGGAUCAGAUACUAGAUUAAGUUGGAUAUUAUAUUAAAUUAAUUAUCUAUUAUAUUGAGUAGGAUUAGUUAUGGUAAAUUGGAUUAUAUUAGACAUUCUAUAUAUAUCUAUUGGGAUACAUUUGAUUAAUUAUUAGAUUCGAUAUUAGUUUAUAUUAGAUAUGUUUAAUCUGAUAAUAAAUCUGAUACUAGAUUAUAAACUGGUUUGCCUACAUAAAAUGAUUAGAUUAGGUUAGGUACUUCUAAACAGAAGGUCUUAUUCUUCUUGCGGCUGCUCCCAUUAGGGGGUCGCCACAGCGAAUCAUCAGCUUCUGAACAGAAGGUCAUGAGUUCAUAUCCCACCACAUGAACUUCUUUAGCAAUUUGAGCUACAGGAGUUCGUCUGUUGGAUU